CUUCCCACCGCACGCGCCCCGCUCUUGCUUCUCGUUUGCUAUCUGAUCUGUUAUGUAUGGUUUCCGUGUGUGUGCUGAAUCUCUCCCUAGAGUACUGAUGAAAUUGUUAGUCGGGCCAUCUCUGUUACGUUUACGGAUUACGGUCGACUAAAGCUGAUGAAACUGUUGGCUCCUAGAUAAGUUAUCACUGUCGCGCCGUUCUUGAUUGAUCUAGUUUCCGAUCUGAGUAUAAAACUCUCUCUGACGGUUCUCUAAUCUGAACACUGGACUGAAAGCUUAAUUUUCUUGCACCUUGUUCUGUUGGCAGUUGUAUGCACUCUGCAGUUGUAUGCAUGACCACUGAUUCAUGACGUGUUUUUUAUAUGAAAGUAAACAUGAUAGUACUCAAAAUGCGACUACUGUUUUUUGUUUAGUUGGUAGUCGUUCCUUGCAUGUGAAGAUGUCUCGUUGUGCUUUCAGGUGGCAUCAGCAAGGGCAAUUCAGUUAUUCGUGGGAGUCACUAACCAGUGAUGACUAUCGUUUAUACUUGUAGAACUGUAACAUCAAAUUUAGCUUUUGGUUUCUGGAUUUCAACACCAGAGUUUCUACAACUCCGUUCAACUUGUAUUUGAGAAACUUUUGUGGCCCUUCAUUUCGCACGUUGCAUUGUGACAUUUCAGGAUUUAUUUAUAGAGUAAAUGCAUCGUUUUCUAUUUGCAGCAUAUGUUUUAUGUUUCAGUGAUCCGCGGUCCAUUUUAGAUAGGACUCAUUUUAUCUCAGGGUCUUCUGGAUAAUUCGAGAUUAAACUUCCUUGUUUCGGGAAAACAAAAAGGAUGGAACUGAAAUUUGAUGCACCGCGGAAAAAUGAGUUACUUGCCCUGAGCAAAUAUAAUGUUAAUGGUAAAGAUAAACCAAUUACAGUAAGAAAUGAUUGUCCGAAGCCCCCUGUCCCUUGUUUUGAACUUACUGAGGAUUUUGAUUUGCAAAAGGUUGAGGAGCUUAUGCUAGAAAGGGAUAUUAAGAUUGCCAAGUCCAUGGCAAAUGACAUAAUCAUCCCAGACCCUGCUCCCAAGUGGGUGCGUGAUGCCUUCUUGGACAUAUAUGCCGAAUUGGAGCCCAUCCUUGUAAAAGAUAGUGUCCGGUGCUUCCUCCGAUUUUUUGAGAACUGUGAAGGCCGGGGAAUGUCAUCUUAUCUUACCAUCCCCGCACAAACCUUAACCUUCAUUGUCAGUUUCAAUGCCCUGCGAUGUGCAAAAGUCGUAUUGGAGGGCAUGGCACCUGAGCUCUAUGGGAUGCACGCCAAUCCCAACUGCAUAAACAAAUAUGGAUACUUCGUGCUCCAUGAAGCUGCUGAAAGGUUCUCUGUUGACAUGAUCAAGCUGCUUUUACGCCAUGGUGCAUCAGCCAAUGUGCGCACAGUUGGCAAUGAUGUCAUUGAGAAUCUACUCCCGCUCCAUGUCGCAGUUGAGAAUACUUGUCUGCAUAAGUAUCUAGAGGACAAUCUGGAGUACAAUCUUUCUCGCAGCCAGAAUCAUCUGGAUUAUAUCUACAAGCUUAUUCAUCUACUGUGUCUACCUGAAAUGAAGAUCUUCUUGGACACAACUAGACUGCUUGCCGGUAAAACAAAUAAUCUACUUCAAGAGCUCUGGAAUUACAUUGAGGAUGGAAAAAUUAUCCAGUCCGCUGUUCUACUACUGGCUGCUCAAGAGCAGAUCCGUGGGGGCAGUUCUUCCAAGAUAAAUGGCAGUAGUAAGAAAAAUGGGUUUGACCUUAUCAGUAAAUGCAUAAUGAGGCUUUCAUUUUCCCUGAGAUGGGAGAAAGGUUCACAUGGAAUGGUACCGGAGCUUCUGGAGGAAAGGAAGGCACUUACCGAUUGCGCAUGGCUGCUUGUUGAUGUAAUUUCCUAUGCCGGUGAAAAUCUUUCUGCAUACAUUCAAGCACAUUCUGAGGUGCCCCAUGUGGAGGUCUUUCAACAUGUUUCAUCUAUCCUCAAGGAGUAUGGAUUUUGCCCCACUGGAGAUCCCAUGGACGCUGUAAACCUCCAGCCUUAUGACUGCAGAAAGUCAAACGGAGAUUCAUGCAAAGAUGCAAACAUGGCAGUUAUGGAAUCGGCCAAUCUGGAUGCUGCAGAGGAAAAGGUCACAACCGUUGGAAAUGACAACCUCUCCCUUAUGGCACGGCAGCACACCAAAAAAACACAGGCCGUGAGAAAGAAAGCAGGCAGAGGAUGGGAUCCCACAUAUACAAAGAGAAGUUUCUUCCCAUAUUGGAGAUCAGUGUUACAAGAUCGGGUUCCUUUGAAGGUGUAUCCAGCCUAUGCAAGCUCAGGUCUAUCACUGAGUAACUCAAUAGUCAAUGGAUCUACUCCAACUCCAAAUCAUAAACUUGGUCCAGUCCGAAGAAUAUCGCCACUUACAAGCAAUAAUCAACCGAAAAGGUGCUUUAUAACGGCUGCUAGUGGUGCAAUCAGGCUCUUGAAGGUGCUAAAGUAAAGUAGAAAGUUAGUAGUGUUGAAGUGCUUCUUCAAUCUCCUGCACACAUAAACAUGCUGUUGUCUUCAGUUAUCUCUACUAUUAAACGGGAGUCUGCUGUCAUUGUACCAUGAGCAUGAAGGACACGCGGGCAGUCCUAAUCCUUGUAAUGUGGGAGUUGUGGAAACACUGAGACGCGAUAGUGAAAUUGAAUGUUAUGAAACACUGAGACGGGCAGUCCUAAUCGCAUGCAGUGUUCGAUGGAGUAACCCCCUCGACCAUUAGGGUGAUUCGCUCGGUGAUGGCCGAGGGGAGAACGUGGGCAACAGCGGGCCUCCUAAAGGCGGGCGCGGAUGCCUUUCUUAGGGCACUAGCGGUAGGUUUAGGUGAGAUAGAAUAGCGUGUAUAUCUCCUUGACGGAGGAGUUGGGGUUGUAACUGCCAAUGUGGAGGGGCUCUCUACCCCAUCCCUUCUGUAAUAUAUAGUACGCACACUGGUGCGUAUUCGAGAAAAGAGAAUGUGCAGAGGGAGUGUCGGCUCCAGCAAGUCAUCAGCAACCUAAUAUUAAUAUCAUACGGUUCAAUGAGGUAAAAUUACAA